CUCUCAGGCUUGCGCCGAGUCUCCCCCUCCAUAUGAACCACAGGUGUACCUCACUAGUUUUCUAAAAGCAAGUGUCCUUCUCUCCUUCCCUAACUGAAACUCCAACUCCCCCUCCCUCCUUCCCCCGACUACAAGUGUUCCCUCGCUUGCAAGAACGGAGAGGUGGCCGGUGCUUUCCCAGUCAGGAACAUAAAGCCCACCGGUACCUCUUCGUCCGAAAACCCUCUUCAAACCUAUACACGCUUCACAUCGCCCCGACUGAGAACAGAAUGACUGAGCUUCAUGUUGCUUUACAGGGACUCCCGCAAAGAGCGGGCGACGGAGCUGCUCAACAGCUUUACCAACCGCGAGUUCUGGGCCGCCUUUUCCAACCAGCCCAAACGGAUGGCCAAGGCGGCGAAGGAGGGCGAGGUGGGAGUGAUGCCGGCUCCCCGCGACGUGAAGAUAUGGUUUGUCUUCCUUUUUUCCCGUUGUUUUCUCUUUUCUAUCUUUCGUUUGUUUUUCCCCUUCUAUUUUUUCGAGUUUUCUCAGCCUGAUGUUGCUCGGCUCUUGGUUUGAUUUCGGAUUUGGAAAUCUCCCGGUCCAUUACUUGCAUUACAGCGUUCACACACGAGGUGGCAGUCCUGUCGGGUAGCGGCGAAUUGCGUCUG